CAAAGUUUGAAACUUCGAAGCCAAAUUGAGGUGAAACGACACCGCCGUGUCUUCUGGUUUUUCGGCGCUCUUAUUCUUACAGAGUGUUUGGCUUCUUGAAGUUGCAGUCUUGAGAAUAUGGGACUUUUCAGCACUCUCUUGGGGAUUUUUGGUUUUGGCAUUGGAAGUCUUCUUGGACUCUUGGUGGGUUUCUUCCUUUUCAUCUAUUCAGAGCCUGAGGAAGUGAAGGAUCCAGUCGUCAGGCCACUGCAUGAAUUAGAUUCAAGUACUUUGCAAGGUCUUCUACCUGAAAUUCCAAUGUGGGUAAAAUUCAGCGACUAUGAUCGAGUAGACUGGCUAAACAAGUUUCUCUUUGAUAUGUGGCCAUACCUUGACAAGGCAAUUUGUAGUACAAUAAGAAGCAUAGCACAACCUAUCUUCAAAGAGUACAUAGGGAAGUUUCACAUUGAGGCAAUUGAGUUUGACAAGUUAAGUCUUGGAACUAUGCCGCCCAUAAUAUAUGGUCUAAAAGUUUAUGAGACUAAUGAGAACGAAUUAGUUAUGGAACCGGCAUUUAGAUGGGCUGGUAAUCCCAACAUAGUUCUGGUGUUAAAGUUGUUGUCUCUGAGAAUUACGAUUCAGUUAGUGGAUUUGCAAGUAUUUGCAGCGCCACGGGUAACUUUAAAGCCUCUCGUGCCGACUUUUCCAUGUUUUGCAAGCAUUGUGGUGUCUUUAUUGGAGAAGCCACAAGUAGAUUUUGGAAUCAAAAUAUUGGGAGGGGAUGUCAUGUCCAUACCAGGCCUCUAUCGGUUUGUUCAGGAGAACAUCAAAAAACAAGUCGCAAGCCUCUAUCUCUGGCCUCAAACACUUGAAAUACCUGUUCUUGAUGCUUCAGUAGUGGCCAAGAAGCCUGUAGGUAUACUUCAUGUCAAAGUUGUUCGAGCACUGAAACUUUUGAAGAUGGACAUUUUGGGAAGUUCUGAUCCUUACGUCAAACUAAGCCUUACGGAAGAGAGGUUGCCAGCAAAGAAAACCACAGUCAAGAUGAAGAACUUGAAUCCUGAAUGGAAUGAGAAGUUCAAGCUUCUUGUGAAGGAUCCUCAAACUCAAGCCCUCGAGUUACAACUUUAUGACUGGGACAAGGUUGGCAGACAUGACAAAUUGGGAAUGCAGUUAGUUCCUUUAAAAGUGCUAACACCCGGUUUGACAAAGGAACUUGUGCUGGAUUUGGUCAAGAACACAAAUAUCAAUGAUCCUCAAAACAAGAAGCAUAGGGGACAAAUUGUGGUGGAGCUUGCUUUCGUUCCUUUCAAAUCAGAAAAUGGUAAUGAAUAUGGGAGAAGUGAAAGCGGAAUUAGUAGGUCCUCAGACAGUUCCGAGUCCCUCGGUGGAGCAGGUUUACUAUCUGUUCUGAUCCAGGGAGCUGAGGAUGUAGAAGGGGAGCAUCACAACAAUCCUUAUGCUUUGCUUUGCUUCAGAGGUGAAGAAAAGAAAACUAAGAUGGUGAAAAAAACUCGUGAUCCACUUUGGAAUGAAGAUUUCCAAUUUAUGCUUGAUGAGCCUCCUUUACAAGACAAGAUCUAUAUUGAGGUCAUGAGCAAAAGCAGAGCCAUUUUCCGAGCGAAGGAAUCGUUGGGGUACGUAGAAAUCAAUCUCGCCGAUGUUGUAUACAAUGGACGCAUCAACCAAAAGUACCAUUUGAUUGACUCGCACAAUGGAAGGAUACACAUAGAGCUAAGUUGGACAAAGGCUUGAGACAUGAGAUACUGAAAAACUAUGAGUUGCAAGUAAUCUCAAGUCUCAACUGACCUUUCCAAUUGUUACAACUUACAACAGAGGAUUAUAUGAGGAAAUGGGAGGAAAAGAAGAGAGAGAUUCUUGAAUUCAAUUGAUUGUUUUGAUAUUUCAAUAUUUAGAGUAGAGUCAUUCAUAGAAAAUG